AAAACAAUGCGUUCAUAAAAAACUAAAAGGAAAAUGAAGUGGACAUUGAGAGGAGACCCAAAUAUUGUUGGUGUUUUUCUUGCAUGCAUGCAUGCAGCAACAACGUAUGCAUGCCCCUUAGACGGCGGGACAUGACUCAACGACACAAAGAUGAGUCCCCAUACCUUGCGGGGCGACCAAUGAUCUAGCAGUCCAAACACUAGCCCUUGAAAAGCAUAAUCCAACACGGUGCCAGUCUGCCAGAGUUUAUCCAUUGGCUCCAUUGAAGACGACGGUAACUUCCCCGUCAUGGCAGAAGAAUAUCCAUGGAAUUUAUUCCUGCUCCCCACUGUGAAAGCUUAAAAAUACAAAGUAAAAAAUGGAAGAAAACUUUGCCAGAACUCCGAAUUCCAAGCUUGCCAUUGGCCAACCAAUCAAAAUCCCUUUUGGGGUUUAUUUGUAUACCGAUUUCCAACUGCUAUAUCAUUCCACAAUUUCCUUUAAAUAGCAUCUUCAAUUUUCACCACCAUAACAUUCAAAACAAAGCUUCAAAUUGGUGUCGUGUGUGUAAUAUUCUGUAAAUGGCGAGCCCUCUGACGCCAUCCCACGUUGUCAUCGCCUAUGACGCCACCAAGGACCGCGGCGUGCAUGAGCUUACGCUCGCAGUUGACGGUCUCCUGAAGAGGGGUGACGUUUUGCAUUCAGGGGAUACCAUCAUUGUGCUUGGAGUUUUGCACAGGGUCGUCCACCCCAUGGGAUUUCCCACAAAACCAUGCACAGAUUUUUUGGAAACCAGCAUUCGUGCAGUGGAGGAAGAAGUUACAAAGAAAGUUGACAUGUAUGUUAGCAUGCUUCUUGAAAGCGCGAGAAAGUGUGAAGAUCAAGGGGUCAGCAUUGAAGUCAAAGUUACUGCUGGUUUUCCCAUUAAGCAGGUUAUUUUGCAAGAGAUUAUGGCCUGCAAUGCAGCUUGGGUUAUACUUGAUAGGCACCUUAGACGGGAUUUGAGGUUCUACCUUAAGAAGAUACCAUGCAAGGUUGCAGUAAUUCAAGAUAGUUUGGCUGUGGAUGUUGUAAGACCUCAUACAACGGAUGACACUGAUACCAUAGAACACAAAUUGUUUUUUUCAUUGUCCAAGCCUGUUCCACUAUCCAAUUAUCAAUCUAACAGAAUCAAUGAACAGCCACUCAUUGAUUCACCUGAAAGUUCUGAUAUUCAGAAAACCUAUUUAACUUCACCUACAGUUACUUCACCUACAGUUAAGUUACGAGACUAUGGUUCUUUGUUGAAUCUGGGGUCUUCCCCUGUGCAAGAAAAUUCAGGUGUAAAAACCAAAGCAGACGAUAAACACUUCAUAGUUCCUCAAAAAAUCCAGAAGCAAAAUAACGACUCCUUCCGAGGAAGAUGCUCAGAUGCCCCAAUUCUGUGUUCCAUAUGUGGAACAAGGACUGAAAUGUAUGUCAAGAAUUCUAUGACAUUCAGCUACUCAGAGAUACAGCUUGCAACAAAUGAUUUUUCCAAGGAAAAUUUAUUAGGAGAAGGUGGAUAUGGUCAUGUGUAUAAAGGUGAGCUUAAGGACGGACAGCAAAUUGCAGCAAAGGUGCGGAAAGAAGCAAGUACACAAGGAUUUACAGAAUUUCACUCUGAGGUCUAUGUCUUGAGCUUUGCACGCCAUAAGAACAUUGUCAUGCUGUUGGGUUAUUGUUGCAAGGAGAACCUAAAUAUAUUGGUUUAUGAAUAUAUUUGCCACAAGUCUCUUGAAUGGCACUUAUUUGAUGAAAAGGCAGCAGUUCUUGAGUGGUACCAAAGACAGGAAAUCGCCAUUGGAACUGCGAAGGGAUUGCGUUUCCUCCACGAAGAAUGUCGUGGAAGUCCUAUAAUUCAUCGAGACACGCGACCAAGCAAUAUACUGCUAACACAUGAUUACGUUCCAAUGUUAGGUGAUUUUGGCUUAGCCAAAUGGAAGACGGCGAGUGAUGACACUGACCAGACAAGGAUACUUGGCACACUAGGCUACCUUGCUCCAGAGUACGCAGAGAACGGCAUUGUUUCUGUACGGACAGAUGUAUAUGCCUUUGGCAUGGUUCUGUUACAACUCGUAACGGGCCGCAAGAUUGUUGAUUCAAACGGAGAAGGGCAAGCUCAAUCCCUACGGGAGUGGGCAGAACCAAUAAUCCAGAGGCUGGCACUACAUGAACUCAUUGAUCGUCGUCUAGGAGAUUCAUAUGACACAUAUGAAGUGUACCUUAUGGCUAAAACCGCAUUCUUAUGUGUACAAAGAAAUCCUGAAAUGCGUCCAUCAAUGCGAGAGGUUGUCCGCGUUCUUGAAGGUGAAAAUGACAAUUACCACCACCUAGCAGAGCACUUUGCACCUCAAUAUCUCACAAAGUGAAGGAUCCAGUGGCACAGUUUAUUUUCAUCUCGAAGUGUUCGCAGUAGCUUCUUGAAGGGAAAAAUUACCGUUUUCUGCAUCCCAGGAUAGCAAUUCUACCUCGAUGAAGACAAUGGCACACUAUACUUUUGAUUGACGGCUGAGGUUAUCGUAUUUUUUUCCUGUUUUUCUUGAAGGUGGUUCUAGCUUCUCUGGUUUUGCAUGGUUUCGAUCAAGGGAGGCAUUAAUUAUAAGGCUUUGAAAACUUGAACGUACGUAUAGUGAAGUUUGGCUUAGGCAAACAAUAAGUUUGUCUAUUGAUGCCUUAAAAAUAAGAUCCUUUUAAUCUAAUAAAUGGAUCAUCAGUAUUACUCUCCACUAGUUUUGUAAAAACAACUACGUAUAUGUAAUCUGAAUUUCUAUGUCCCAGACUUUGUGAUUACUGCGUACUUGCAUUAUGUUGGAUUUAUCACAAAGGAUUGCACCUUCGUAGGAAGGUUUAGCUCUUAAAUGAAAUUUAAUC